AUGUUGGCCCUUGUGGUUUUGGUCUUCUCUCUCCCCUUCAUUAUUGCUAUAGGCAAGCAUCGAUCUUUUUAUUAUCCUCCGCCAUGUGACGGACAUAUCAAAGUAAAGUCUGUUCCUAUGAUGAAAGGUGGUGUAUCAUAUGUCAAACUGGCAGUUGACAACAACGAACCUAUUGAAGUACACUUCUCCGUGGACCCUUUGCUUGAAAUCGACAAAAUAAAAUGGACUUUAAAUAAAAAUCCCAUUGACGUGGACCAAGACGAACCUAAAUCCGCCGUUUACUGGAAACGCGACCCACUUGGGAUCGUUCUCGUCAUCCGCUAUCCCAAGCAACAGUUCAUUGGAAAUUGGCAGAUGGAAAUUCUUGACAUGAACGAAGCGUCUUCAAAGCAAUCUUGUCAACUGCAGUCACCUCCGAUGGUCCAGCGCUUCAUCGAGUCAUUCCGCUCUACGGAGGGUUACGAGUUGAGCGUGGUCUGCAAGAGUGGCAGUCUGCCCUAUCCCUCUAGGGUUCAAUGGUUCCGUGCCGAAGGAACCGGGGAUUCUGCAGUCUUGCUCCCCAUUUACGACGUCCAAACGACCCAUAUCCCUGGCGAUACCCUCCUCUUCAAGGAGGCCAAAAUGAGCGAUACCGGCGUCUAUCUCUGCAACACUACUGUCACUCCCGAAGGACUCUUUGAUUCCUCUGCAGCUGAGGUUAAAAUCAAAAGUCGUUUUGCUGCUCUCUGGCCGUUUAUUGGCAUUUUGGCGGAGUUGAUAAUCCUCCUCAUCACCAUUAUCCUCUACGAGCGUCACAAAGCGGCUAGGAGGAAGGCGGCCGAGGCGCAGAACCACUCUCUCAGCACUCCCGUCUCACCCAGUGGGGACACCAAACCUCAACAGAGGUACCGCCCGCCUCCUCUUCUCUUACUGGCUUUUCACUCCGGGCUGCGCUCCUAUUGA